UAAAUUCUUCAGCUGCUUCGAUAUCUGCAAACAUUAAUAGCAUCCCUGUGCUUAACGGCACGAACUUUAAGGAAUGGAAAGAGAACAUUAUGAUCGUUCUCGGUUGCAUGGAUCUAGACCUUGCACUUCGGAUUGAGCAACCUGCUUCUCUUGGGGAUACAUCUUCUUCUGAUGAAAAGAAGGAGAUGGAGAAGUGGGAACGGUCAAAUCGCAUGAGUCUAAUGAUCAUGAAACGUGCAAUUCUAGAAUCAUUCAGGGGCACUAUGAAUGAUGAAGCUAAUGCCAAAGUUUUCCUUGAAAACCUUGUAAAGCGUUUUGAACAAAACGAAAAGGCGGAAACAAGUACUCUUUUGAGUAAACUUGUUUCCAUGAGGUAUAAAGGCAAGGGAAACAUUAGGGAGUACACUUUGGAAAUGUCUCAUCUUGCUUCAAAACUAAAGUCACUCAAGCUAGUAUUACCUGAGGAACUGCUUGUGUACUUAGUUUUGAUAUCUCUUCCUGCACACUUUAAUCAGUUUAAGGUCAGUUACAACUGCCUGAAGGAGAAAUGGACUCUUAAUGAGCUCAUUUCACAUUGUGUGCAAGAGGAGGAAAGGAUAAAGCAAGAUAAGACUGAUAGUGCUCAUUUGGCAUCCUCUUCUAAGGAUACUAAAAAGAGGAAAGGUAAGGAAGUUGCGGUGGCAAGGCCCCAGAAUAAGCAACAUAAGGAACCUAAGGUUGAAAUUACUGAAUUAGGUUGCUUCUUCUGUAAGGGGACUAAUCACAUGAAGAAAUAUUGUACCUGUUAG